UCUCAUAGAAGACGUCAUGUCAUUUCUAUUCCGUUCGUCGAAGGAAAUUGAAACGGGAAACUAGGUCGUCAGUAUUGAUUUUUGCAAUAUCCUUCAAACAAAAGGCGCAGCUCCGCAUCACACAACGCUACAAGCUUCAUGAAUUCCUGAAACCAGACAAACCAACGAAGAAACAUGCCUGACGCGGAGCUAACAGCGCCGACCGUCGAGAAUGUUCGCGUGGUCGUCAGAGUCCGUCCGAUGGACCAGCGCGAGAAACUGGACGGGUCAUACAACUGCGUCUCCGUGGACGCCCUGAACAACACCGUCGCUGUCACCCGCAACAAUGUGACGCCGCCUGAACCGCCGAGGGUCUACGCGUAUGAUGCGGUCUUCGACAGCAAUACUAGUCAGAUGGACAUAUACGUCCAAACAGCGAGCCCCAUAGUGGAACAGGUGUUGAAGGGGUACAAUGGGACCAUCUUCGCGUACGGGCAGACGGGUACAGGCAAGACGUACACCAUGGCUGGUAGCAACACCGCGCCGGAGUUGCGGGGCAUCAUCCCCAACUCCUUCGCGCAUAUCUUCAGCCAUAUCGCCAAAGCUAAUGAGGAUGAGAAAUUCCUAGUAUGCGUGACGUACUUGGAGAUUUACAACGAGGAGGUGCGCGACCUCCUCGGCAACAAUCCUCACCAGAGCCUGGAGGUCAAGGAGAGGCCUGACAUCGGAGUCUUCGUUAAAGACCUGACAGGCUACGUAGUCCACAACGCGGACGAGCUAGAAAAAAUUAUGGUGGUGGGUAACAAGAACCGCCACAUCGGCGCCACGGCGAUGAACACGGAGAGUUCCCGCUCACACGCCAUAUUCUCCAUCACGGUAGAGAGCAGCAAGCGAGGCAGCGACAAUAAGAUGCAUGUCAAGAUGGGGAAGCUACACCUUGUUGAUUUGGCUGGUUCAGAACGGCAAAGCAAGACGCAAGCCACGGGGACCCGGUUGAAGGAAGCGACGAAGAUCAACCAGUCCCUCUCAGUGCUGGGCAAUGUGAUCUCAGCGCUGGUCGACGGGAAGUCCACGCACAUACCGUACAGGAACUCCAAGCUGACGAGGCUGCUGCAGGACUCGCUCGGAGGCAACUCCAAGACUGUCAUGAUAGCAACCAUAGGCCCAGCCGACACGAACUAUGUGGAGACUAUCAGCACGCUGCGCUACGCCAACCGCGCGAAGAACAUCGAGAAUAAGACGCACGUCAACAGCGAGCCCGGAGACGCACUGCUUACUAGGUUCCAACAAGAGAUCGAUCAGCUCAAGAAGCAACUGGAUGAAUGCACCAAUGAAGAAGAAGAAGUGGAGGAAGAGGGUGAGGGCGAGUUAUCGGAGGAGGACUUGUCAGACGACACACUCACUGACCCGGAGGCCGACGUGCUCGACCCUACUGAGAAGAAGAUUAGACGCAAGCUUAGGAGGGAGGAGAAGGAGAAGUUGAACCGAGAGAAAGCCCACCUCGCACGCAAGGUGCUUGAAGAGAAGAAAGCAGAAUUGCAGAGAACCAAGAAACAACAAGAAGAGCUCAAAGACAAGCUGCAACGUUUAGAGUCGAAGGUGCUGGUGGGCGGCGAGAACUUGCUGGACAAGGCGGACGCGCAACGCCGACUGCUGGAGCAGGCCGCCCGGGAGUUGGAGCAGAGGAGGCUCAACGAGCUGCGGUUACAGGAGGAUCUGCAGAAGAAAGAGGCCGAACGACUGGACCUAGAAGAAAGAUACUCGAGUCUCCAAGAAGAGAAUGCAGCGAAGACUCGCAAGCUGAAGCGAGCGGUGCAACUCCUCAACUCCGCCAAGGCCGAGCUGGCCGACCAACAGAGGGAGCAGCAGAGGGAGAUGGAGGGCAUCCUCGACAGCGUGAGGGCAUUAAAGAGGGAGAUACAACUCGCUGAUCUUGUAUUGGACUCGUAUAUUCCUAAGGAGUAUCAGGCCCUGAUAGAGCAGUACGUGCACUGGAACGAGCAGCUGGGCGAGUGGCAGGUGAAGUGCGUCGCCUACACCGGGAACAACAUGAGCGCGCCGCACCACGCCAACACGCACGCGCACUCCAAACACAUCGAGCCCCCGGAUCUAUCGGACCGCUACCUGUCGUACGGCGCCGUGAGCAGUCGGCCCGGGACCCGCCUGGCGAGACCUCACACCUCCGCCGUGCCGCGCCCUCACACCGCGCUGCGGCAGAGGCAGUAGAUGUACCAACAUACACUUUAUACAGUUAUUGGUCAAACUUUAACAUCAUCCAUACAUACAUACAUACAUACAGUAGAAACUCGAUUAACCGGACUAAUUAUUGUCGUUAGGCAUUCGGAUUAUCGAAUUUACGAAGAAAAGCGAAUUUUGUGCAUACCAUAUUAUGUUGUACAUAUGAUGUUAUGUAUUUAUUAAAAACAACAAACACAAAUGAAUGAAAAUCAAUGUUUAUUAAUAAUUAUUAUGAGAUACUCUUCUUAGAUUACAUGUACGUUACGUUGCAUAAAUUCGACUUGUAGGUAAUUUUAAUAUAAUGAGUCGGUAGUCCGGAUAAUCGCGAAUCCGUAUAACCGGGAGCUGGAUAAUCGAGUUCCUACUGUACAUACAUACAUACAUAACCUCACGCCUGUCUCCCAUGGGGGUAGGCAGAGACAAUGGAACGCCAAUUGCCACGGUUCUUACACACUUCUUUCGCUUCAUUAACAGUCAUCAGUCUUUUCAUGCAUGCUCGUCGGUUAAAGGUCGCUUUAACAUCCUAUCAUUAUUAACAACAACUUUUGUUUUACCAUUCCACCAAUCAUAUUCAUUGGUACACAUAGCUUAGCACUGGUGGAAACGAACUCAGCUAAGCUAUGUUUUUUAUAUGGAAAAAUGUGUGCUAUGGAUGGCUUCCCUACUAUCGAUACAUCGCAUACUCGAGCUGCGCAUUUUUCUCGCACAGCUACAUAGCUUAGUAUCAGUGGAAACGGUCACAUAGUUUCAUAGCUACAUAGCACAUCUCAGGUGGAAAAACACUCUAAGAGUCCCGAUGUGACUUGAAACUACUACAGCUUUCCUUUAAAUGAGUAAGCCGCAUGUUUGUUUUAAUUUAGUGUGUCUCACGGUAGUUGCUAAUGAUCUCUAAUAAUAAUAUAUUUACGGGCUAGUAGUCACAAAUACGACUUAUCUCUAGAACAUUAGUUCGAUUGGAAGACGCUCUUUAUU